GCUGGAUUCACUGAGACAGAGGAGACAUGUCCCGGAGAGCUCUGAAGGUGCUGGUGGAGCUGGAGUUCACAGCGGUGUCCUGUCCUGGAGUCCACCUGCCAGAUAAAGAUGACCUCUGCCUCAGCAUGAGCUUCAUGGGUCAGGCCCGUCAGUCUGAGGGUCGGCCCGCUGUCUUCCCUCUGCUGCUGCACCAGAGGAUGACCUUUGAAAAGAUUUUCAGGCAUGCAGUCGACCCUGGAGACAUCGCUGUGAUGCUUGAGUAUGAGACGGUCACAAUUGAACUGGUGCAGCUGAUUCCUCCAGUGGAUGACACGCUGGCCUGCUUUGAAGAAGAUGCUCGACACUUCUUGUUCCCGGAGCCUAAACUCGUUCCCUCGUCCUCCGGAGUGGACCGAGAGGUCCUGAUGACCCGAGCUCCUCACUUUCCAGGUAUUGCUCCUAGGUUGGAGUUUUCCACCAAAACAACCAUCAUUGAGUGCCUAGUGGAUGCAGAGAUGAUCAUUUACCCCAAUAUAACCAUGAGACCACUGAUGAAGAGGAACAGGAAACACUGCAGCAGACCCAGGAGCUGCUCUCCUCAGAGGAGACAGCCUCCAGCCCUGGGAAGCAGACGAGGAGUCAGAGCGUCCAGAGAAAUAACCAGCAGGUCACCACCGUUCCUCCUCAGAACCCAGUCCCUGCCCCCCCACUCACAGCACCUGGCCCGGCUCAGACUGGACUCGGCCCCCCCAGCAUAUGCUGUCUUUGUGUCCUGGAGCCAGUGGAUAUGUCCCGCACUCCCACUCUGCAAUGUUUACCAGCUCCUCUUCACCUUUGACCAGGUCUUCAUCCAUUGGUUGGAGGGAUAUCACAAGAUGACUCCAGCUCUUCAGAAACACAAGACCCACCUGACUACCACCAGGGUCCGGACCCUCCCGGAGUGUGGGGGUCUUACAGGGAACAAGCCAGGCACAGCAGGUCUUGGUCCAGCUCUCACAGAGAAUGGGAAGAGGUCCAGGAGCGUGUUCGGGGACUUCUCACGACACCUAAAGCUGUACGCCGACUCGCCUUUGGGGCCACACACUGUGAGGUAGACGAGGUGUUAGCCAGGAGGUCCAUCUCUCCAGGAACAACACUAUGACCCGACCAGACUCUGAAAGGGAAAGAGACUGUCACCUUCCAAUUCUGUCUUCUGAUGUCAAGACUCUCCUGUUGUGUGUGCAGAGAGGUAUUUUUCUGCAGUGACUUAAUAUAUGUCCACACACACUAUCAAUGAGUGGCAACAUAAUGUGUUUCAUGUUAAAAUAAACCUUUUAGAA